AUGGAUGUCAGGGCAUCCCGUCCGGACAAGCCGUAUCAGCGCACCUACAAGGCGUGCAUCCCUUGUCGGCAAAGGAAGGCCAAAUGCGACCUAGGAACAGGCCCAGAUGGCCUUCCGAUCGGCCCACCAUGUGCGCGCUGCCGAAGGGAACUAAGGGAAUGUGUGUUCCCCGAGAAACGCGCCUGGGAAAGGUCCCGCAAGCGAGCGCGAUCACCGGAGAGCUAUGAAGUCGAUGUGUCACCCCGAGACGCCAGACAACCUCCAACGGCUUCGCCUGCUAGUUCUAUUGUUGCACAAGGACAGACCCCCAACACACAUGUAAACAAUGUAGCCAACUCAUCGCCCGAGAUGAACUUUCAUCAAGAGCCCAACUUGCCGUCGGGAUGGCCAUAUCAUCGGAACCAAACGGGAUCCCAUGGUGGCUCUCUCGAUCGUCCUUCCGUGGGAACAUCACAAACUGAUCAAUCUCCUUCUCAUGUAUAUGAAAACAACGGACACCGAGCGAGUUCUACACUUGCGAGCUCUAUGAUGCGCACUGUUGUUGCUAGUGGCAAUGAUGCACUCAACAUUUUAUUUGAAGCUGCAAGUGCUCAGGAGGAUGUCAAUCAUGAUACUAGCUCCGAGUCAUUAGCUGGGCCUUCAUCGGCAGGUCCGAGUACUCAAGAUCGCACACCGGGGAAUUACGAUGCCGCACUCGAAUCGGUGGCACGGGUAAUACAUCCUGUCAAGCUAUCCGACGCAACCCAAGACACUCUGAAUGUCUGGGAAGCUUGUCGGUUUGUCAAAAUGGGCUGGUUUACUGCUAGAGAGGCUGUUACUUAUAUAGAUCUGUUCUACAAGAAUAUGUCCUGUUUAUCUCCGAUUCUGACUGAUUUCUACGCCAAUCAUCGAUACCACUACUGGCUGAUUACUCGGGAGCCAGUUCUAUGCUCCACCAUUCUCAUGAUCUCUUCCCGCUACCACGUCCUUCCUGGAGCAGGGGGAGAGUCGAGGAAUUUCUUUAUCCACCACCGAUUAUGGUCACAUUGCCAGAAAUUGACGAUGCGGCUGAUAUUCGGGCAAGAAAAAUCAACGAAAUCCAAGGUACGGAGUCUGGGUACUGUGGAGGCACUUUUAUUGAUGUCAGAAUGGCAUCCGCGCGCCCUGCAUUUCCCACCCGAGACGGAUGGCUGGGAUGAUGAUUUGAUCCCAUCAGCCCCCACACACCAUGAGAACAAUGAUUCAAGCUCAGCACCUGACCGUCGUGGGGUAGAAGAUAUCAUUGAGCCAGCACGCCGAUCUGACCAAAUGUCCUGGAUGCUGCUUGGGUGUGCGCUGUCUCUUGCGCACGAGCUGGGCAUAUUCGAAACACAAGGAUACAGCUCACCAGCUGAUGAACCAGAAUGGAGAGAUCAGAUGGAAAUUCGUUGGCAGCGCGUACAACGUUUACUAUUCGUUUACAUCAAUCAAUUGGCUUGGCGAAUUGGAUGCAUGUCACCGAUCCCUCAAUCAUCAAACCAAGCUAUCAUGGGUGUACGAAAGCCACUGGGACUGGGUCCACCAGGCAACACGUGGUUGACGUUCAUGGACUCGUGGAUUGAGCUUACCAAGCUAGCCAAGUCUGUUACUGAUAUGUUCUUCCCCUCUGCCGCGUUUGCACGCCAGCAACUACACAGCGGCCGAUAUGUUGGCCUUCUGGAGCAUUUCCGACCUCUCCUCAACCAAUGGAAAGACAAGUACCUCCAGCCCCAAGUACUUGAUCAAGCAUUCUACAACGAUCUAUUCAUCGAAUACCACUUCGUCCGCGUUUACACCCAUUCAGUGGGAAUGCAAGCAGUAGUGGAGCGUGCUGUCGCAGAAAACGAUCCCAACAGCUUCGACGGAGUACGAAACAUGACCAUCGACCGAACAGACUACGAAUACAUCCAAGAGGUGAUCGACGGAUGUGGCCAGAUCUUGCGUAAAGUCACCCAUCUAGCCGAAGCAGGGGCGCUACGGUUCUCCCCAGUUCGAAUUGUUCUUCGUAUAACCAGUGCCUCGAUCUUCUUGAUGAAAGCGCUCAGCUUGGGUACACGGCAAGCCAAGCUCCAGGAAUCAAUUGAAAUACUAGAAAAGAGUAUUAAAGCCCUCAAGUCCAACGCCUUGGAUGAUGUGCAUCUGAGCACGCGCUAUGCCACGCUGUUAGACAUGCAUGUUUCACGCUUGCGACGCAACCUGCUUGCAUCGUCGAAAGCUAUGAAAAGUAGUCGAAACACUACCCGAAGAUCAUCCAUGGGGCCUCCGCCUUGGCCAGAAAAUGGUGAUCAGUCAAACUCCAUGAGAGCCCCUGUAAUGCAGGACCCACCUGCGGAUCUGGGAUUUAUCCCAUCAUUGAAUGAUAUCGGUGCAGAUAACUGGCUUUCCUUGCCAUUUGAUCCAUCAAUGGCACCGUUUGAUAUGAGCCAUGGAUGUCAAUUUCCGAUCAUCAUUCAAACCAGCUCUAAUCAUCCACGGCGGCGCCGGCAAUAUCCAACGCUCCAAACUCCCCCGGAUCUCUACGCUGCCCACCACGCCUCUCUCCAAUCCUACCUCCGCUCAACCCACAUUCUCCUGAAAAACGGUAGCACAGCCCUAGACGCCGCCGUCCACGCCGUCUCUCUCCUCGAAGAUGACCCUCUUUUUAACUGCGGCCGCGGCAGCGUUUUCACAAAAGCCGGCACAAUCGAAAUGGAAGCUUCAGUAAUGGUGACAUCCGUGCAUCACGACACAACACAGCCCGGCUCAAUCAAGCGCGGCGCAGGUGUGAUGGGCGUCCGUAAUGUACGGCACCCUAUUUGUCUCGCGCGCGAGUCACUGCUUAGAUCCGGCGUGUCCGUCGAUGGGUCUCCUGUUGAUGACGGAGGAAGUAUGCAUUCGCAGUUGACUGGGCCGUAUGUCGAGACGCUUGCUCGGGAUUGGGGGUUGGAGUUCUGUCCUGACGAGUGGUUCUUCACGCAGAAGAGGUGGGAUGAGCAUAUGAGGGGUUUGGAGGGGGUGGAGGAGCCUGUUUCGUUGACUCAGGGGACUGUGGGCUGUGUCUGUCUUGAUCAGUGGGGGAAUUUGGCUGUUGCUACUAGUACUGGUGGAUUGACUAAUAAGCUGCCCGGGAGAAUUGGCGAUACGCCUACUUUAGGUGCUGGGUUCUGGGCUGAGGCUUGGGAUGAGAUUGUGUCGAGUGAAGAGAGAAUUUCGGAUGAUUCCUCAAUGGGUCGUUUGCUACGUGAUGCAAGGGAUUGGCUGGGCGAUUGCAUGCCGCGCUUCUUGUGGGAUCAGAGAAUCCCUACUUAUUCGUCCCUUGAGGGUGGUGAUUCCUCUCCACAGCUGGACUUGGGGUCCGAGAAGGCUUAUUCGUAUCAAUCAUCUGCUCAAUAUUCUCGUCGGCGAGCCGUUGCGGUCUCUGGGACUGGGAAUGGAGACUCUUUCCUUCGGGUUUGUGCUGCGCGCUCGACUGCGGCAAUGCUACGGGUUUCUUCUCCCGGGAAGUUUUUCUCUGGUCUCGCAGAUGCCGUAACAGCUGUAUCUGGGCCUGGGGGUGAACUUCAACGUUCUGCCGGCCCCAGGUGGAAUAAGACUGGUGAAGGUGAAGGAGGUAUUAUUGGUAUAGAGGCAGAGCUUUCCCCUGUAAACGAGGCAUCAGAUGUCAAACUACAUCGAGGCAAGGUUGUAUUUGACUUUAACUGCGGCGGUAUGUGGCGUGCUUGGGUAGAGGAAGAUGUUUCUGGCAACGAGGUUGAGAGGAUCAUGGUCUUUCGAGAGGAAUAUAAAUAA